AUGCCUACCACCAGCAACAAAAACCUCAUCUACAAGAAGGUGCCCACCGGGCUGCCCGUUGCGGGGGAGCACCUCGUCAUCGAGGACCGCCCAAUCGACCUCGAUGCGCCAGCUCCAGCAGGUGGCCUCGUGGUGAAGGUGCUGUCGGCGUCCUUUGACCCGUAUCUGAGAGGACGGAUGCGAGACCCCAGCGUCAAGUCCUACUCGCCGCCUUUCAACCUCGACGAGCCCAUCCUCAAUGACACCAUCGGCAAGGUCAUCAAGUCCGACCACAGCGACUUCAAGGAGGGAGACCUCGUCGUCGCGUUCGGCGCCAUCGCCGAGUACUCUGUCAUCCCCAACAGCUUUGCUCCCCGCGUGCGCAAGAUCAACAACCCCAACAACCUCGAGCUGAGCUACUUCCUUGGCCCGCUGGGCAUGCCAGGCCUCACAGCCUUCUCGGCCUUCUACAAGAUCGGCGAGCCCAAGAGGGGAGAGACAAUCUUCAUCAGCUCCGCAGCUGGUGCCGUCGGUCAGGUCGUCGGCCAGUUGGCAAAGCACGAGGGCCUGAAGGUCAUUGGAUCCGUGGGCUCGGACGAGAAGCUCGACUUCCUGACCAAGGAGCUCGGCUUCGACGGCGGCUUCAACUACAAGAAGGAGAAGCCGAGCGACGCCCUGCCGCGGCUGGCUCCCGACGGCGUCGACAUCUAUUUCGAGAACGUCGGCGGCGAGCACUUGGAGGCCGCGCUGACCGCCAUGAACAUCCACGGACGCAUCAUCUUCUGCGGCCUCAUCUCAGACUACAACACCCCCGCCGAGAAGCGGUUCGGCGUCAAGGGGCUGUUCAACUUCAUCUCAAAGAGGCUCAAGGGCGAGGGCUUCCUCGUCGGCGAGAUCGGGCCCCCGUACGCGAAGGACCACCAGCAGAAGGUGCAGGCAUGGUUGGCGGAUGGGACGUUCAAGGCCAAGAUCCACACCACGGAGGGCAUUGACCGUGCGGCGGAGGGCUUGAUUGGUAUUCUCAAGGGUGACAACUUUGGCAAGGCGGUCUUGAAGAUUGCUGACGAGUAA